GAAAGCCCGGGAGCCACGCGCGACGCCGGGGGACCCCGAGUCCAGAAGGAGCGGAUUUCAGGCUCCGUCUUCCAGGACUUUGCAGGAAGCCCUGCGGAGCGGCUGUCCCGGCGCAGCAGACCGGCGCCAUGCGCUGCCCGGACCCCAGGCCCUGGGCCUCCCUGCUGCUGGUGGACGCCGCCUUGCUGUGGCUGCUGCGGGGCCCUGUCGGGGCCGCGCUCCCCCACGGGCUCCCGGGACUGUGGCUGGAGGGCACCCUGCGCCUGGGAGGGCUGUGGGCCCUGCUGGCGCUGCGAGGGCAGCUGGGGCCGGCGAGGGGCGCGCUGGCCGCGCUCUGCCUGGCCCCCCCUCUGUUUGCGUGGCUGCGCGCGCUGGCGGGGGGCGCGGCCGGCGCCCCGGGGCUCCGCGUGGCCUCGGCCUCGUGGGGGUGGCUGCUGGCGGGCUACGGGGCGACGGGCCUCGCCGGGGCCGCCUGGGCCGCGCUGGGCUCCCCGCAGGCGCAGCCCCGCGGGCCGGGGCGCGACCGCCGCGCCCUGAUGUGGAGGCUGCUGAGGCUCUCGGGGCCCGACGUGCCCUUCAUCUCGGCCGCCUUCUUCUUCCUCGUGCUGGCGGUGCUGGGGGAGACGCUGAUCCCGCACUACUCUGGCCGCGUGAUUGAUAUCCUUGGAGGUGAUUUUGACCCCGAUGCGUUCGCCAGCGCCAUCUCCUUCAUGUGCCUCCUCUCCUUUGGGAGCUCCUUAUCUGCCGGCUGCCGCGGAGGAUCCUUCCUCUUCACCAUGUCCAGGAUCAACCUGCGGAUCCGGGAGCAGCUCUUCUCCUCGCUGCUGCGACAGGACCUUGGUUUCUUCCAGGAAGCGACGACAGGAGAACUCAACUCACGGCUGAACUCGGACACCAGCCUGAUGAGUCGCUGGCUCCCGUUCAAUGCCAACAUUCUGCUCCGGAGCCUCGUGAAGGUGGUGGGGCUCUGCGGCUUCAUGCUCAGCGUCUCCCCGCGCCUCACUCUCCUCUCUCUGCUGAAGCUGCCCUUCACAAUAGCAGCCGAGAAGGUGUACAGUGCUCGCCAUCAGGCGGUGCUUCAGGAGAUCCAGGCGGCCGUGGCCCGGGCAGAGGAGGUGGUGUGCGAGGUGAUUGGUGGGCUUCAGACCGUGCGCAGCUUUGGAGCCGAGGAGCAUGAGGUCUGUCGCUAUAAGGAGGCCCUGGAGAGAUGCCGGCGGCUGUGGUGGCGACGAGACCUGGAAAGAGCCGCGCACCUGCUCUUACAGAGGGUGCUGGACUUGGGCACACAGGUGCUCAUUCUGAGCUGUGGGCUGCAGCAGGUCCUGGAUGGUGAGAUCACCCAGGGUGGGCUGGUCUCCUUCCUGAUCUACCAGGAAGAAGUGAGGCACUUUGUGAAUGCUCUGGUAAACUCACUUGGGGAUAUGCUGAGCAAUGUGGGAGCUGCUGAGAAAGUCUUUCACUACCUGGACCGAAGGCCGAAUCUGCCAGAGUCAGGGACACUGGCCCCUCCCAUGCUGAAGGGCAUUGUGGAGUUCCAAGAUGUCUCCUUUGCAUAUCCCAGCCGUCCCAAUGAGCCUGUGCUUCAGCAUGUAACGUUCACCCUGCGUCCUGGAGAGGUGACAGCUCUGGUGGGACCCAAUGGGUCAGGGAAGAGCACUGUGGCUGCCCUGCUGCAGAAUCUGUAUCAACCCAGUGGAGGCCAGCUGCUGCUGGAUGGGAGUCCUGUCUCAGAGUAUGAGCACCAUUACCUGCAUCACCAGGUGGUUUUGGUUGGUCAGGAGCCCGUGCUAUUCUCCGGUUCUGUGAGGGACAACAUUGCUUAUGGGCUGAAGAGCUGUGAGGAUGCUCAGGUUUUGGCUGCUGCCCAGGAAGCCCAUGCAGAUGACUUCAUAAGGGAAAUGAAAGAUGGAAUCCACACAGAUGUAGGGGAGAAAGGGAGCCAGCUGGCCGUGGGACAGAAACAACGCCUGGCCAUUGCCCGGGCCCUUGUGCGAAACCCACGUGUCCUCAUCUUGGAUGAGGCCACCAGUGCCCUGGAUGUCCAUUGUGAGAAGGCUCUGCAGGCCUGGAGAGCCCGUGGGGACAGAACAGUGCUGGUGAUCGCCCACAGGCUGCGCACAGUGCGGAACGCCGACCAGAUCCUGGUGCUCAAGCAGGGGCAGCUGCUGGAACAGGCCCAGCUCAGGGAGGACCCAGACGUCUAUGCCCGUCUAGUGCAGCAGCAGCUGGAGGGCCAGGUGGAGGCCUGAGGCGCUGGGACACUGAUCCUUGCCCAGAACUGCAGCCUGUGUGACAUCCAGAGGGGCACCUCCGACUCUCCCUGGGCUGUGCCUGAGGCUGGCGGCAGGAUGGAGAUUCGGACCGACUGUGCUUUUGAUGGGCUUGCGUGAGUGGGAGUGUGAGGAUGGGGGUGGUGUGUGUGUUGUGGGGCCAGAAACCUCAUUUCCUCACUGAAUGGAGCUCUGCCCGGUCUAAGCGUCUA